AUCUUCUUCUGCUUUGUCCUGGGCUUCUUCAUCAAGCCCUAGACCUCUCAGUUUCUCUCGUAUUCUUUUUGGGUUAAACUGUUAAAAGUGAUUAUCUCAUCCCUUUCCCUGUGGAUUACAGCAGAUGGGUAGGUACAACGUUAACACAAUACUCCUCUUUGUGCAAAACAACAAGCAUUCUUAGAUCCAAAACAAAACGGCAAGAAACAGGUUUCUCCACGAACAUGUAAAAGCAAGAGUUUGUUAGCGUCAUUGCAGUAGCAGAAGCUUUUGAAGUCUUCUUAUUUCACCGGCCACCGAAUCACUCUUUGUAAUCCUCACAAAAGCGCAAAUGGCGGAUAAUUCGUGGGACAAAUGUGUAGAAGAAGCAGUGAAUGUGCUUGAAUCCAGGCAACUCCUUCGAUCUUUGAGACCCAUUUCUAUGUCUAAGCAAAACGAUGAAGAAAUUGUGAAAAGCAGAGGUAAUGAAGGAGACGAGUACGAGGUGUUCGACGGUUUGUGUCAAUGGGAUCGGACUUCUGUCGAGGUUUCUGUCUCGAUACCCACAUUUCAGAAAUGGCUUCACGAUGAACCCAGCAACGGAGAAGAGAUUUUUAGUGGAGAUGCAUUAGGUGAGAGUAGAGAAGAGAGGUUCAAGAAGCUGCUUUUGUUCUCUGGGAAUGAUUAUCUGGGUUUGAGCUCUCAUCCUACAAUAUCAAACGCUGCUGCAAACGCAGCCCAAGAAUAUGGUAUGGGACCUAAGGGUUCUGCGUUAAUAUGCGGGUAUACCACUUAUCAUCGUUUGCUGGAGUCUAGUUUGGCGGAACUGAAGAAGAAAGAGGAUUGUCUCGUUUGUCCUACUGGGUUUGCUGCCAAUAUGGCUGCAAUGGUUGCAAUUGGAAGUGUUGCUUCUCUUUUGGCUGCUAGUGGGAAGCCUCUCAAGAGUGAGAAAGUGGCCAUAUUUUCUGAUGCUCUGAAUCAUGCAUCCAUUAUUGAUGGUAUCCGUCUUGCUGAACGACAAGGAAAUGUUGAAGUUUUUGUUUAUCGACACUGUGACAUGCGUCACCUUAGUUCAUUGCUGUCAAGUUGCAAAAUGAAGAGGAAGGUCGUGGUUACUGAUAGCUUAUUUAGCAUGGACGGUGACUUUGCACCGAUGGAAGAACUCGCUCAGCUUCGGAAGAAGCAUGGCUUCCUACUGGUUAUUGAUGAUGCUCAUGGAACAUUUGUUUGUGGAGAAAAUGGUGGUGGCGUGGCCGAGGAAUAUAACUGUGAAGCCGAUGUAGAUUUAUGUGUGGGCACUUUGAGUAAGGCAGCAGGGUGUCAUGGCGGUUUCAUAGCUUGCAGCAAAAAAUGGAAGCAACUGAUCCAAUCAAGAGGUCGCUCAUUCAUUUUUUCAACAGCAAUACCUGUCCCAAUGGCUGCAGCUGCGUAUGCAGCAGUUGUAGUGGCGAGGAAGGAGAGAUGGAGAAGAAAGGCAAUAUGGGAGAGGGUGAAAGAGUUUAAGGCAUUGUCUGGAGUUCAAAUCUCAAGUCCCAUUAUCUCACUUAUUGUAGGCAAUCAAGAGAAAGCCCUCCAAGGGAGCCGGUAUCUACUAAAAUCAGGUUUCCAUGUAAUGGCAAUAAGACCACCCACAGUGCCACCCAAUUCUUGCAGGCUAAGGGUGACACUGAGUGCAGCACACACCACUGAAGAUGUGAAGAAACUCAUCACUGCGCUUUCUUCUUGUUUGGACUUUGACAACACCACUCACAUUCCUUCCUUUCUCUCUCCCAAACUUUAAAACCUUCUUUUUUUCUCAGUUAGUGAUCCCUUGAACUAGAGAUUUUCAUGUGAUUAUUGUGGUAAUCCCUCUCUUCCCAAAUGUGCAAUGAAUUUUAACAUCUAGUUACAUGUGAAAAAAGUAAAAACAUGGUCUCCAAUGAAAAACAAUCAAUCAUUAUGUCCUUGGGCCAAUAAAUUAAAAGCCCAACUGGUA